AUGGGCGGGGGGCUCGGCGCUGGGUGCGGAGCCCUAGGACCCUGGUGUCCGCUUUCCCACGUGCGUCCCGUCCUUGAAUUGCGGCGGGUCACAAUCACAGAAACUCUUGGAUAACAGUUUUCUCGGUGGUAAAACUAGGGAGGACUUCCUCCCGCGUCUGCCGCGGGUAGUUGUGAGUGUCACGGUGUUCCUAGAAGUGCCAGCCCUGGAAAGGCCCUCAGGCCUGGUGGCUGAGCCGACCUUCCCGGUUUGCGUAUGGGAAAACUGAGGUCGGGAAGAGGAGUCAUUUCACCGGGGUCCCCCGGCCAGUGGAGGCCGAGCCGGUUCUCAGAACCAGCUCUGGGGUUCUUUUGCUGUUUUAUGCAGCGCGGUCCGUGAUGGAAACUUCCUGGGAAUUGGACGCGGGGACCUUGCCUUCCAUGUGUGGCCCUGCGUUCAUCCCUGCGGUGUCACUUGUCAUAAGUGACCUCACGUCUCUGAGCCUCCCUCCUCUUGUGUUCCCCAGGCGGCAGUUGCAGAGACAGGUCUGAAGCUCGAGAGACUCGUAUGGAGUGGCAGUGUUGACUCCACAAGUCCCCAGCGUGAGGCCUGACCAGGGAGCGUGUGCUGCAAGGAGGGAAGAGGCGCAGGACAUUUAAGGCACAAGUGCGUCCCUCUGCCGGGGUGUCAUGGAAGGGCUGCUGACGAGAUGCGGGGCACUGGCCGCCUGCAGCCGCCAGCUCUCUGGGUCCAUUCCCAGAGGGUUUCACCACUGUGCCCUGGGGAGAGGGAAGCGCUUGGUGCUGUCCCGCAUGUUCCAGCCACAGAACCUUCGGGAAGACCAGGUGCCCUCCUUGGAGGGCAGAUCUGGCGACCUGACUUGUAAAAGCCAGCGGCUGAUGCUUCAGGUGGGCCUGAUCCACCCGGCGAGCCCCGGCUGUUACCACCUCCUGCCUUACGCUGUCCGCGCCAUGGAGAAGCUGGUGCGGGUGAUAGACCAGGAAAUGCAGGCCAUCGGGGGGCAGAAGGUCAACAUGCCCAGCCUCAGCCCGGCAGAGCUCUGGCGAGCCACCAACCGCUGGGACUUGAUGGGCAAGGAGCUGCUGAGACUAAGGGACAGACACGGCAAGGAAUACUGCUUAGGACCAACUCACGAGGAAGCCAUUACAGCCCUGGUCGCCUCCCAGAAGACACUGUCCUACAAGCAGCUUCCGUUCCUGCUGUACCAGGUGACAAGGAAGUUUCGGGACGAGCCUAGGCCCCGCUUUGGUCUUCUCCGCAGCCGAGAGUUUUACAUGAAGGACAUGUACACCUUCGACUCCUCCCCAGAGGCCGCCCGGCAGACCUACAGCCUGGUGUGUGAUGCCUACGGCAGCCUCUUUGCCAGGCUGGGGCUGCCGUGUGUCAAGAUCCAGGCAGCUGUGGGCAGCAUCGGGGGCACGAUGUCUCACGAGUUCCAGCUACCAGUGGAUGUCGGAGAGGACCGGUUUGCAGUCUGUCCCAGCUGCAGCUUCUCGGCCAACGUGGAGACACUGGACUUCUCACAAACGAACUGCCCUUCUUGCCGGGGACCACUGACGGAAACCAGAGGCAUUGAGGUGGGGCACACAUUCUACCUGGGCACCAAGUACUCUUCCGUUUUCAAUGCCCAGUUUACCAACGUCCACGGCAAGCCAUCCCUGGCUGAAAUGGGGUGCUAUGGCUUGGGCGUGACCCGGAUCUUGGCUGCUGCCAUUGAAGUCCUCUCUACGGAAGACGGCCUUCGCUGGCCCAACCUCCUGGCCCCUUACCAAGUCUGCCUCAUCCCCCCUAAGAAGGGCAGUAAGGAGGCGGCGGCCGCGGAGCUCACGGGGCAGCUGUAUGACGACAUCACCGAGGCUGUGCUGCCGCUUCGCGGGGAGGUCCUGCUGGACGACAGGACCCAUCUGACCAUUGGAAACAGGCUGAAAGAUGCCAGCAAGUUUGGCUACCCCUUUGUGAUCAUCGCUGGCAAGAGGGCCUUGGAGGACCCUGCACAUUUUGAGGUUUGGUGCCAGAACACUGGAGAGGUCGUCUUUCUCACCAAAGAGGGAGUCAUGGAAUUGCUGAGCCAAGUGCAGGUCGUCUAAACGGCCCCGCCACCCACCCAUCUCACGGCCUUGGUGGUCGUUCUAAUGCUGUCUUGUCCUACACUCCUUCCUGGGCUGGUCUCCCCAGAAACAGGGCAGCUCCUGGAAGGUGAGACCGUGGUAGGGAAACCAAUUUUUAUCCAGUCAUUUGUUCAGACUAUUUGCAUUUAAAGUUGUUAUCUUGACCCUUUCCUCUGGACCGACCAUACUGCCACAUACCAUUCCUUUAUAUUCCAUUCUGGAAGCUUCUGUCAGGAGGCACACAGGCAGGAAAGAGCCGAGUCCUCGUGGUGGCCCUUAGGCGAGUCGCUUCCCUUGUCCCAGCUAUGUCCCAUGUCUCGGAGGGGAGUGGCUGAUGGCCGACACCCUCCCGCUCCCGCAGUCUGAGCAUGUGCCUCUUGGUGCAUUCGGUCUGGAGAGCCGGCCCACCAGCUGUCCUCUACUUGGACACGUCCCCUUCCCUGCUGGGGCCUCAGUUUUCCCCCCUGUGACAUGAGAAAAUGGAACUAGAUCUGUAAAGUCCUUACAGCUGUCACUGGCUGGUUCCACGAGAGGUUCAUGAGCGGCAGGUCUGGUUCCUCUGAUGCUCUGUAGUCUAAGCUACACAGGAAGUUGGUAUAAUUGGCUAAUGGCCCAAAACCUCCGGAGACCUGGCUGUAUGAGGCAGCUUAGCACUGAGAUGGUGGUAUAUUGACUGAAUAAAGUCUGACUGUUGGGA